AUGUUUCUUUCUGUUGUUUUCCAAAGGAUUCAUCCCCCUGAAUUCUUCAAGAAAAAAUAUGCUGUGGAUGAAGUCCACUACAUGGAUGAGAUAGCCAGUGUCUUGGCUUCAAAGAAACCUGCUGUGCUUCUUACUCUGCGCGGUGUUAAUACUGAUAGCGGAAACGUCUCCAAAGAAGCUUCGUUUGAGGGAAUCAGCCAAUUUAAUGUGAACAACAAAAUCCUUCAUCCUGAAAUUGCAGAAUGUCGUGUGAUUAAGACAGACAUGGAGUUGGAAGUUCUGCGCUACACCAAUAAAAUCUCCAGUGAAGCUCAUAAAGAGGUAAUGAAGGCAGUAAAACCAGGAAUGAAAGAAUAUGAGAUGGAGAGCCUGUUCCAGCACUACUGCUAUGCCCGAGGGGGCAUGCGCCACACCUCCUACACUUGCAUCUGCGGCAGUGGGGAGAACUCAUCUGUUUUGCACUAUGGCCAUGCUGGAGCCCCAAAUGAUAAGACCAUUGAAGAUGGAGACUUGUGCCUGUUCGAUAUGGGAGGAGAGUAUUACUGCUACGGUUCUGACAUCACCUGCACCUUCCCAGCAAGUGGAAAGUUCACUCCUGACCAGAGGGCUAUCUAUGAGGCAGUGCUGAAGUCAUCACGGGCUGUAAUGAAAGCAGUCAAGCCAGGGGUCGCCUGGCCUGAUAUGCACCGUCUGGCUGACAGAGUCCAUCUGGAGGAGCUGACUAAAAUUGGCAUUCUGAAAGGCAAUGUAGAUGACAUGGUGAAGGUUCAUCUGGGUGCAAUAUUUAUGCCACACGGACUUGGACAUCUACUUGGAAUUGAUGUGCAUGACGUUGGAGGCUACCCAGAGGGAGUGGAGCGCAUUGACCUGCCGGGGCUCAGGAGCCUGCGCACCGCCCGCAACCUGGAGCAGGGCAUGGUGCUCACCAUCGAGCCGGGCAUCUACUUCAUUGACCACAUCUUGGACCAAGCCCUCCAUGAUCCUGCGCAGUCCUGUUUCAUCAACAAUGAUGUCCUGCAGCGUUUUAGAGGAUUUGGUGGG